AAGGGGACAGAUAGCCACCCCUCACACCAUUGGACUGGAACUCUCGUGCCUUACCUUCCACCUGCUGCUGCAUCCCGGUGCCAAUCCUCCAGCAACAUGAGCCGCCAACUCAACUGCAAACCAGGAGUCUAUAGCAAAGGAGGCUUCAGUGGAUGUUCAGCCGUGCUCUCUGGAGUUACGGGCAGCAAACUGGGAAGCUCAGCCUCUUACCAGACCAGAGGCAAAGGGCUCGGAGGAAACUUUGGCAGUCAAAGCCUUUACAGCCUAAGGGGGCCCCGGAACAUCUCCUUCAACGUGGCUGGUGGGAAUGGAUGGAACAGGGCUUAUGGUCUGGGCAAGAACCGGCUGAGUGGCUUUGCUGGCAGCAUGUUUGGCAGUUUGGCUCUAGGGCCUGCAUGCACGCCAGUGUGCCCACCCGGGGGCAUUCACCAGGUGACUGUUAAUGAGAGUCUCUUGGCUCCACUCAGUGUGGAACUGGACCCUGAAAUCCAGAGAGUGAGAACCCAGGAGCGGGAGCAGAUCAAGACACUCAACAACAAAUUCGCCUCCUUCAUCGACAAGGUGAGGUUCCUGGAGCAGCAAAACCAGGUGCUGGAGACCAAGUGGAACCUGCUGCAACAGCUGGACCUGAGCAACUGCAAUAACAGCCUGGAGCCCCACUACGAGGGCUUCAUUGCCAACCUGAGGAGGCAGCUGGACACCUUGUCAGGGGACAGGCUGAGAAUGGACUCAGAGCUGAGGAAUUUGCGGGAGGUUGUAGAAGACUUCAAGAAGAGAUAUGAGGAGGAGAUCAACAGGAGAACAGCUACAGAAAACGAGUUUGUGUUGCUCAAGAAGGAUGUGGAUGCUGCUUACACAAAUAAAGUGGAACUGCAAGCCAAGGUGGACUCCUUGGACCAAGAGACCAAGUUCCUGAAGUGUUUGUAUGAAGCGGAGAUUGCUCAGAUCCAGUCACACAUCAGUGACACAUCUGUCAUCCUCUCCAUGGACAAUAACCGAAACCUGAAUUUGGAUAGCAUCAUCGAUGAAGUCAGAGACAAGUAUGAGGGCAUUGCCAUGAAGAGCAAAACUGAUGCUGAAAAAGUCUACCAGACCAAGUUCCAGGAACUGCAGUUGAUGGCUGGCCGGCAUGGGGAUGACCUUAAACAAACCAAGAAUGAGAUCUCAGAAAUGAGCCGAUUCAUCCAGAGGCUUCGCUCAGAGAUUGAGAAUGUGAAGAAGCAGUGCUCCAAUCUGGAGAUGGCCAUCGCUGAUGCUGAGCAACGAGGAGACAAUGCCCUGAAAGAUGCCCGGGACAAGUUGGAGGAGCUGGAGGGAGUCCUACACAAUGCCAAGGAGGAGCUGGCCCGCUUGUUGAGAGAAUACCAGGAGCUGAUGAGUGUCAAGCUCUCCCUUGAUGUUGAGAUUGCCACCUACAAGAAGCUGCUUGAAAGUGAAGAGUGCAGAAUGUCUGGAGAAUUCCCAUCCUCUGUCAGCAUCUCUGUCAUCAGCAGUACCACUGGGGCCAGUGGUUAUGGCUACCCACCCAGCUCUGUCAGUGGUGGCUACGUGGCCUCCAGUGGCUCCUGUAUUUCUGGAGUCUGCAGUACACGGGGCAGGGAUGACAAGAAUCAAGGUUCCAGCGUCAGUGACUACAAGGAUCUCCUGAGCAAAUCCUCUACCCUGGGCUCUCCCAUCAAGAAAAGCAGCCGAUAAAUAUCUGCAGUGGGUUCUCCUGCUCACUGUCCUCACUGGUCACCAUAACUCCAGGCAUCAACAUUACACAUCUCGGUCCUGAACGUCUUGUCCUUGGACAUUUCCAAAAAAUCCUUUUGUUUUCCUAAGCCCCCAGCCUUCUCUGAGUCUUUCUGAUCCCGAGGCAACAUUGGAUUCCUAAACUACUUCUUGCUCUUCUUUCUUUCUUUUACUCCCUUCCCCAAGCAAGGUCCAUGGUCAUGACCACACCAGCCUCAUCCUGAACAUACUUCAUGUCCUCUGGCUCCAGACUGCAGCUGGAGCUCCAUACACCAUGGGACUCUUUCCUCCUAGAUCUUCGUAGCUCCUCUGGUCACAUAGCCGAUACCGUCUUGGGCCACAGAACCCACAGCAAUCAGAUGCAUCUGGGCUCAGGAGUCAGAAAGUGAACUCCAUCCUUUUCUAUUGGCAACCCACCGAUUUAGGUGCAGAGGCAGUAAAAGGACCAGGAAUGACUUGGUUAUCCUUUGGUUAAUGAAACGUAUCUGGUUCACUUCCAGCUCUGUCAAGUGCAAUUUAUAUCCAUGGAAGGCUCUUUUGUCUCUUCUAACCAGGAGCAGAGGUAAAGAAAUACCAUUGGCUUUUCCAUCUUUCUUUCACUUCUUUGACUUUCUGCCAUAUCCCAAUAAACAGCAACAUCAAUAUGACUUGGUCUCUGAGUG